AAAUACGGCCAAUGAAGAUGUACAUUUGGAUUUGACUUUAUACUUUAGAACAGUUUCUUGAGUGUACUUGUCCGACACUCAAGAGGAGUGUCAGUUAUUGCCCCUUUAAGAGUAUGUCGUUGUCAUUGACGAAAUUUCCUGCUGUGUGGAGUGACUCUUGCUGGAUAUCAACAACAGAUUGAAACGGACCGCCAAUGAUGGUGUGCCGUUUACAUUCAAUUUGAAUACACAAUUCCACUGCAGAUAUCAUUUUUACAGGUCUUGGAAUUGCAUUGAUAGAUCAAUGUUUCGGUUCGGACUCGCGAAAAGCGGAAUUACGGGUGAUUCCUUGUUGAGCAGGUGAUGGCGGAGAGAGGGGUGAAGCUCGAAUAUUCAUGCCUUCCUGUUAAUGAAACACUAUCAAGAAUUCCGUGCAAGGGUUGCCACCCGCCAUGUUAAGAUAAAGACACAGAUCUCUGUGUUGAACAUGUUAAAGCGAUUGGAUAAGAUAAGGUUCAGAGGACCCAAGCGAGAUGAGUUCCUGGACCUUGCUGAGUCCCCCAACGCAUCUGACAGCGAAUGUAAUGAUGACGUCCCAGUAAAACAGCGGACCUCCAUCAAAGACACGGAGGAGCUGCGAGACCCUGCUGGUUCAGGGACUGUGACCAUGUCUGCUGCCAUCCAGGACUACCAGAAGUCUGAAACAGACAGACUCAAUGAGGUCAAAGGUCAUCUGGAGAUAGCCUUACUGGAAAAGCACUUCCUUCAGGAGGAGCUGCGGAAGCUUCGGGAGGAGACGAAUGUUGAGACACUGAAGCAGGAGCUUGAGAAAGAGAAGUCGAAAAGAGUUGAUCUCGAGCAGAAAAUGAAUGAAAUUCUCAGAUCCAGACUAGAAGAUUCACCACCUCCAUCUACAAAGCCACAAGUUACUGCUGUCAACGGGACAGGGGACAAACAGAAGGAGACGUUAUGCUCUCGCUUGUGGAAAUGGCUCUAUGAGCGCUUUGGUGUUUAUAUCGAAGACUUUCGCUUUCAGCCUGAAGAGAACACAGUUGAGACAGAGGAACCAUUAAGUGCUAAAAGAUUAACAGAAAAUAUGAGACGACUGAAACGGGGUUCUAAACCUGUAACUAACUUCAUGAGGAACCUUUCUGCCUUAUCCAGCUGGCACUCUGUCUACACUUCAGCCAUUGCCUUUAUUAUCUAUAUGAAUGCUGCAUGGCAUGGCUGGGUUAUCCCCAUGUUUCUAUUUUUAGCCAUUCUGCGGUUGUCCUUGAAUUACCUCAUAGCAAAAGGUUGGAGGAUACAGUGGAGCAUUGUGCCUGAGGUCUCUGAACCUAUGGAUCCUCCAAAGGAAGAUCUAACAGUCUCAGAGAAGUUCCAGUUAGUUCUGGAUGUUGCACAGAAAGCACAGAAUCUAUUUGGAAAGAUGGCAGAUGUAUUGGAGAAGAUCAAAAACCUCUUCAUGUGGGUCCAGCCUGAAAUCACACAGAAAUUGUACAUUGGUUUGUGGGUAGCCUUCAUCACUUCCUGUUUCCUGCCAUACAAACUAAUGGGCUUCAUGAUUGGUAUCUAUGCCGGCAUUAAAUUCUUCAUCAUCGACUUCAUCUUCAAAAGCUGCCCCAAACUGAGGGACAAGUACGACACGCCCCACAUUAUAUGGACCAAUUUACCCACUGACCCGCAACUGAAAGAGCGCAACAACGCCACACUUAACAGACGGAUCCAGCCUGUGGUAGCACGCGGUAGCCAAGCGGCUGGAAUUCCAUGUGGGAUUGGUCGUGAGGAGGAAAGUGGAAGGGCCUGCAACACCAAAAGAGGCCCCUUUCAUGAAGUUUUCAACCUGUCUGAGAAUGAGCGCCCUCUGCCAGUGUGCGAGAACGGAUGGCGAUGUUGCUUGAUCAACAGGGACAGAAAAAUGCCGACCGACUACAUCCGCAAUGGUGUCCUCUAUGUGACAGAAAAUUACCUGUGUUUUGAGAGCUCCAGCUCCAGGGCUACUUCCUCUAAGAAGAACAAAGUUAUCAACCUCCUCAACAUCACUGAUAUUCAGAAGUAUAAGGUGUUAUCAGUGUUGCCUGGAUCUGGGAUGGGUAUCUCAAUUACCAUGCCAUCCACUCUAAAGCCUCUAGUGUUUGGUGCCAUGAUUCAUCGAGAUGAGGCCUUCGAUGCCAUCUACACUCAGUACACGAAGAUGAAGAAUUCUACAAUAGCAACUACAGUCACAAACCCAGAGACAUAGGACACAAGCAGGCUUUAAGCCUCAAUCGUAUGAACCCUUAGUCACACAAAACAAAUGAGUCCAUAAGUCAGUUCGAACCUUAAUGUAGCACAUUAGUCUUAACCCCUAUGGAUUCCAGCCAUAUCCAGGGCUCAAACCGAAAGCUGGACUACCAAGAAACUGUUUUUCAUAUACUCUUUUUAGAUUAUAAAUGAGUAUUAGGAGGGGUGUUUUAUAUAGUGUUCUCUCAAAACAUUCUAUAAUCGUACACAAGUGUUUGUCAGGAUGUGUCUUAUUUUAUAAGAUAGGAGUGUAGUUGUACCUCUUAUGUGUCUUGUGUUCUAUAACAGCAAAAUGCCACUUUGGAACAGGAGCUGGAUCUCCUUCAUUGAAAAGACUCUGAUAGAGGGCUUUGUGUGUAAUCAGACUAUAUAACCCAUCAUCUCUGUGCUUAGCCACAUUUUCUUCCAUUUAAUUGCAUCACCGCUGGCCUUGCACAAAGAAACACAUUGCACUUAGUGGUGUUGAGAGCUUUUAGAUGUGAUACAGGAUGAUUUGGGGGACAAAGAAACAAACUUGACCUCUAUUUCUCAUUAUUCAUACCACAUAGCUUGGUAGGCUAGCUCCAUAAUACUUAGUACAUAUUUUAAGGCAAAAACGCAAAUCUGAAUGGGCAAAGCAGCUGACAACUGCCAUACAUACAAUUCCUUGGUGUUAUUGUUAUUCUAUCUUCAGUAUUUUUAGUGUACUUGUGUUAAGACAUUAAAGACACCUCCAUACAUUUUAACUUUUUAAAUUGUAUUACAUUUUAAGGGCUAGCUCACCCAAAAAUGAAAAUUCUGUAAUCAUUUACUAACCCUAAUGUCAUCAAAAGUGUAUGACUGGUAUAAUGUCUAGGCUACUUGGUCAUUCUGCUAUAUAUAUAUCCUUUGAUGCUCCAAUGAAGAUAGACUUACUGUCCUAGACAUUUGGAGCAACAUGAGGGUGAGCAAAGUAUGACAGAAUUUUUAUUUUUUGGUGAACUAUCCCUUUAAAAGCACAAAAAUAGCACACCUUACCCAUAAAAUGAAUGUGCACAGACAAAUAAGUGCAGAAGAAUGUUCAAGCUGAGCAGGAAUAAGAUAUAGUUAUAUAAAAUCGUAUUUUUGGUCAUUUGCAGAUCCCGGGAUUAUAGAGGUAUUAGGUUUACAUAAAUUAAAUGUUUUAAUUUAGCAAAUUCUCAACCCUAUAAUAUAUUUUUAGUCUUAUAUCCUCAACUUAUUUCUGUGUGGAUGUAAUAUAUUAUAAUUAUAAGAAUUUUUCACAAUGUGCAUUUUGUAGGGAACUCAAAAAUAUAGUUUGUUUUCUUUGGCAUGCUACACUUUUAAAUACAUUGCAGUACUUUCUUUACUCCUCCAUGGAUAACAUUUUUAAUUUAAAUUUUUGCUAUGCAGACUUUUUUUAAAAAAAGCAGAGCUACUGCU